GAGCUGGGUGGUGGUGGUUGGAAGAGGAUGCCCUUUAAAAAGCAGAUUAGGACACACAUCUCACACUGCACGAGCUCACACACACACUAACACACACUCGCUGAGUCUGGGACUAUGGCCUCCACCACCUCGGGUGACGUUCUGCCUUCGGGCGGCAGGAUUUUCACCAGCGUUCCCGACGUCUUCUUCAUCCCAGAGUUUGUGUUCGGAGGGCUGGUUUGGAUCCUGGUGGCGUCGACUCGGGUCGUUCCGGAGAACCCUCUGGGCUGGGUGAUGUUCGUGUCCGUCUUCUGCUUCGUGGGGACGACGCUCUGGUUCUUCAUCUUCCUCUGCGGCGCCAAUCAGAGCAGCAUCUGGCCCUCGCUGGAUGUGGGCUUCCAUUUCCUGGCCGUGGUUUUCUUCCUCAGCGCGUCGGUGGAUCUGGCCUACAUCACUUAUUUGAACGGAUUGUUGAUUUUGGUUCCAGAACAGCUCAAAAACUACCGACUGGACAUCGCUGCAGUGGUGAUGUCCUACGUCGCCACUCUGCUCUACUUCCUUCACGCCAUCUUCUCCGCCAUCCGAUGGAAGAGCGCCUAAAACCACGACACGAAAGAUUAAAAACAAAAAGAACCACAUGACCAGACGACCUGUCGCCGGACUAAACACUGAACAUCUUUUUUAUUUUCAGCAGGACUAACUUGUCACAUGAAUGACUGGUUCUGGUUCUGUUGUUGAGUUUAAACCUGCACAGUGUCGCCUCACAGUCGCCUCGUUUUUUAACCAGAAAGGUCCGAAAAAACACAAAGAAAAUGAACCUUCAAGUGAAUAAAUGUGAUUUAAAGAAGAUGGAUGAAUGUCAAUCACUGAUUAACUUGCUCUGUAGUUCACCCACAUUUUACCUCCAGAACACUGUCAGGUGUUUUUAUUUGGAUUAUUUCUGUAAAAAAAAAGUCAUUCACAGCAUUUUCUGAAGAAUGAGCGCUCAAACUGUGCUGUUAUUCUUUUUAAAACUACAUUUCCAGUCAUGUAAACACAACUAAAUGUUUUAUUAAUCUAUUGUUUUGGUGGUUUUUUACUUUUCAGGAGGAAUAAACCAAUAACUGGACACAUAAAACCAAACCUAUCUGCAUGAUGACACACCUCAGUAGAUAGAUGUUUAAUUAAAGUUCAGAUACGUACAUUUUUAAUAUGAAUCACCGGCAAACAUCGACUACAGCUGGACAACAAAAUAGUAAAUUUGCAACUUCCAGCUUCCUGACUGAAGCAGGAUUGUCAGAGAUGUCUUGAUCCUUUAGUUCCUACAAUAAGCCAUGUUUUUCCUUUUUUUGUGACCAACAGAAGACAGAUGUUCUGUUAAAUCCAGUUUCUACACGACGUCUUCCUUUGCUUUAAGGGCUCCGUUUUCAUGUACUGUACGGAUGAAUGUCUGGAAUCUGAGACUGUAAAUAUUUAGAUGAUUUCACUUUACGGAUGUUUUUGGAAUCUAUGAUGUGAAAUAAAUUAACUGGACGUUCA